UCAUCUAUCUUUUUUUCUCUUCUCCUCCCUCCGCAGCUUUUUAAUUUCUUCAGCUGAAAAUGGAAACUGAAACCCUAGAAUAUUUUCUUCUUAAACACGAGUCUUAAUUUUUGUAACCUCCUUGAAUUAGAAAUUUACACACCACCAAUUAUAUCAAAUCUUUUAUCUCAUAUUUUCAAGGUUUCGAGCCAGAUUUCUCUUAAUUCCCUGAAAUCGAAUUCAAAUUUCAGCUAAAUUUAGUAAUAUGUCAUCUUUAAGUAGAGAAUUGGUGUUUCUGAUACUUCAAUUCCUUGAUGAAGAGAAAUUCAAGGAAUCUGUUCACAGGCUUGAACAAGAAUCAGGCUUUUACUUUAACAUGAAAUAUUUUGAAGAGAAAGCUCAUGCAGGAGAAUGGGAUGAAGUUGAAAAAUAUCUAUCUGGUUUUACAAAAGUUGAUGAUAAUAGAUACUCCAUGAAAAUUUUCUUUGAGAUCAGAAAACAAAAGUAUCUGGAAGCUUUAGACAGUCAAGACAGAUCAAAGGCUGUCGAGAUAUUAGUCAAGGAUUUGAAAGUGUUUUCAACAUUCAAUGAAGAGUUAUUCAAGGAAAUUACACAAUUAUUAACACUUGAAAAUUUCAGAGAAAAUGAACAACUGUCCAAGUAUGGUGAUACUAAAUCAGCUCGAGGUAUAAUGCUUAUGGAGUUAAAAAAGUUGAUUGAAGCGAAUCCUCUGUUUCGGGAUAAAUUGGUUUUUCCUACUCUAAAGACAUCUAGAUUGCGUACUUUAAUCAACCAGAGUUUGAAUUGGCAGCACCAGCUAUGUAAGAAUCCAAGGCAGAAUCCAGACAUUAAGACCUUAUUCUCAGACCACUCUUGUACGCCUCCUAAUGGAGCUCGAGCACCUAUUCCAGUAACUCAUCCAAUGGUAACCGUUGGAAAACCUGCUCUAUACACACCUCUCACUCAUGGACCAUUUCCACCAAAUGCAGCAGCUUCCAAUGCUAAUGCCAAUGCAUUGACCGGUUGGCUGACAAACUCAACUUCUCCCUCACUAGUUCAGUCUGCAGUUGUUGCUCCUUCAUCAGUACCUAUUCCUCCAAACCAAGUUCCGAUUCUGAAGCGUCCAAGAACACCUCCAGAUGCUUUAGGUAUGGUGGGCAACCAAGGGGUUGAUCACGAACAGCUAAUGAAACGGCUAAGAUCCUCCGGACAUCCUGUUGAUGAGGUCACUUAUCCAGCACCACUUGCACAACCUUCAUGGUCUCCAGAUGAUCUCCCAAGAACAGUGGCUAGUAACCUUCAUCAAGGAUCGGAUGUCACCACCAUGGAUUUCCAUCCUUCUCAGCAAACAUUGCUACUUGUUGGUUCUGCUAAUGGCGAAAUCACAUUAUGGGAAAUCGGGAUGAGAGAGAAGUUGAUAACAAAGCCUUUCCAUAUAUGGAACAUGACAUCUUGUUCGUUGCAAUUUCAGUCUUCUUUUGCCAAGGAUUCAUCAGUAUCUAUCAAUCGAGUAGCAUGGAGUCCAGAUGGAAACUUGAUGGGAAUUGCAUUUACCAAACAUUUGAUUCAUGUAUACGCAUAUCAGGGUCCCAAUGAGCUCCGCCAACAUGUGGAGGUUGAUGCUCAUGCUGGUAAAGUAAAUGAUUUAGCAUUCUGUCACCCAAACAAACAGCUAUGCAUGGUAACGUGUGGAGAUGAUAAACUGAUCAAGGUAUGGGAUAUGACUGGGCGGAAGCUUUAUAACUUUGAAGGCCAUGAAGCACCCAUUUAUUCUGUAUGUCCCCAUCACAAGGAGAAUAUUCAGUUCAUAUUUUCAACGGCUACCGAUGGGAAGAUUAAGGCAUGGUUGUAUGACAACAUGGGUUCCAGAGUUGACUAUGAAGCUCCUGGACGUUGGUGUACUACAAUGCUUUAUAGUGCUGAUGGGAGUAGGUUAUUCUCUUGCGGCACUAGCAAAGAAGGAGAUUCUCACCUGGUUGAGUGGAAUGAGAGUGAAGGAGCAAUAAAGAGAACAUAUGCUGGUUUCAGAAAGAACUCACCUGGUGUGGUUCAAUUUGACACAACACAGAAUCGUUUCCUGGCCGCUGGUGAAGAUAAGCAGAUCAAAUUCUGGGAGAUGGACCAUUUAAACGUUCUUGCGAGCACGGAUGCUGGCGGUGGACUUCCUAGUCUUCCUCGAUUGAGAUUCAACAAGGAAGGCAACCUUCUUGCCGUCACUACAGCAGAAAAAGGAAUCAAAAUUCUUGCGAACACCCAAGGCCUAAAAUCUCUGAAAGCAAUUGAAAGCCGAUCGUUUGAAUCAUUGAGAUCAUCAAUUGAACCUGCUACGCCUAAGGUUAGCGCUGCUGCUGCUCCCAUUACCCAAGUGGAACCCAUGGAUCGAAGUUCUCCUAUUCCUAAUGGUGCUGAGCCAACACCUAGAAGUAUUGAAAAUCUUAGAGCUGCGGAAGAUGUACCUGACAAAGUCAAACCCUGGGAAUUGGCUGAACUUGUCAAUCCUGUUCAAUGUCGAGCCGUUUUGAUGCCAGAUAGUGCAGACUCCGUGAGCAAGGCUGCCCGACUUCUUUAUACAAAUUCUGGUGGCGGGGUUUUGGCACUUGGGUCCAAUGGUAUUCAAAGAUUAUGGAAGUGGGGCAAAAGUGAACAGAAUCCAAGUGGCAAGGCAACCACCAGUAUUGUUCCACAACACUGGCAACCAAACAAUGGUCUUCUUAUGACCAAUGAUAUCUCAGGUGUCAACCUUGAAGAAGCAGUUCCAUGCAUAGCUCUCUCAAAGAAUGAUUCAUAUGUAAUGUCCGCAACCGGUGGAAAGAUUUCAUUAUUUAACAUGAUGACUUUCAAGGUAAUGACAACAUUUAUGCCACCUCCACCGGCUUCAACAUACUUAGCAUUUCAUCCACAAGAUAACAACAUCAUAGCCAUCGGAAUGGAAGAUUCAACCAUACAAAUUUACAAUGUCAGGGUGGAUGAGGUAAAUAUUAAAUUGAGGGGUCAUCAAAAGCAUAUAACUGGUUUAGCAUUUUCGUCCAACCUCAACAUCCUGGUAUCUUCAGGUGCCGAUGGUCAGCUUUUCAUAUGGAACACUGACCCAUGGGAGAAGAAAAAAUCGGUUACAGUUCAACAUCCAGCUGGAAAGGUGCCUGUUGGCGAUACUAGAGUUCAGUUUCACAGCGACCAAGUACGCCUGUUAGUAUGCCAUGAAACACAAUUAGCCUUAUAUGAUGCUUCCAAGGUGGAAUGCAUUCGACAGUGGGUCCCGCAGGAUGUAUUGCACGCAUCCAUAACCUAUGCAGCGUACUCCUGCAACAGCUUACUGAUUUAUGCUUCUUUCCUUGAUGGUAACAUCGGUAUUUUCGAUGCCGAUAACCUCAAAUUAAGAUGUCGUGUUGCCCCAUCUGCUUACAUGCCUAAGGCACAGAAUCCACAAGCAUACCCACUUGUGGUUGCGGCGCAUCCGCAUGAGCCAAACCAGUUCGCGGUUGGAUUAAGUGAUGGAUCUAUUCAAGUUGUAGAGCCCUCAGAUUCAGAUAGUAAGUGGGGUGUGUCAGCACCAUCUGAUAAUGGAACAACAUCGACGCCAAACGGUAGUAGGGCAGUAGCAGCUGUAUCUGGCACUAGCAAUCCAGCUACUAGUGAGCACCACAACCAAAGAUGAGACUUAAUUUUUGAUUUUUUUUUUUUUUUUUUUUUUUUUUAAUAUCUCAAUUUGAAAUCUACAUGCUGUAAGAUAAUAGGUUUAGGCUUUCAUUUUGGGUCUUUGAAGAACUAAUUGUAGUCUUAUUACAGAAGAAAAAUGGUUAAAGAAAAAACAAAAAUGCUUUUAUACAUGUUGGUA